CGUGCGAAAAUCUAUAAUCACAAACGCAAAUAGAAGUGUUUCCAUGUCGUUUGAAUAAAUGUGAUGUACAUCAUGAGAUAAUUGGCUAUAAUGUGGUUAAUAUUCUCUGAGAGAUUCACUUUACCAUUUGAUUAGGCACAGUGAAUACUUGGGUAUCAUUUGCUGGAGGUAAUUGCUGUUGCAAGCUGAGAGUUCUCAGCAUGGAAAUUUUGCUAAAGACAAUAUUCCCCUACUUCUGGAAAGAGAUGCUAUUCCUAAAGAUCAAAUUCAAUAUUUAUUAACAUCAGAAAUACCCCAUAAUUUCAAGUUGUUUACAAUGGAAGGAAAUUCCAUUUGUAACAGAGCAGCUGUCGUAUUCCUCAUAAGUUUUCGACAGUUGUGUCUAGUGACAGUUUCCCUACCACUUUGUGCAUUGCUCAUUUGUUUUGUUACUGCAUAUAUCUUCCAACAAGAUGACAUCCAUGAGACUCAUUGCAGGGUGUACAAUGUCAUCCCCUCAAUUAGUGCCAUCACUGGCAUCAGUCCUCAGAGAUAUCUUUGGAGGACCUGCAUAGCAUUUCACAUUGGACCACGGGUCAUAAUAGCAUCUGUAUAUAAAAUUCAUUACCGCUAUCUGCUGUCAAAGCUGUAUAGUGAACCAAAUGCCACAGCCAACAGGCUUCUGAAUCUCUGUUACUGGCUGAACAUGCUCGAGAUUGGAGCUUUGUGUGGAGUUACAUAUGUUUCCAAUCGAGAAAACUAUCCUGCACAUGAAAAAAUAUUCAUCACUUUUAUGAUUGGAUCAUUAAGUUACAUGCUUGUGACCUUGAAAGUUUUCAAAAUGGUUAAACCAACUAUGACAGAAAGUGAAAGGCGUUCAUAUUUUAUGAAAAAGGUUCUGUUUGGAACAUCUAUUUGCAGUACUGCUGGACUGUUAGUCUUCUUCCUCAAGCAUCGACUGUUAUGCCAUGAAAUGGCUUUCAGUUGGUUCUCUCUUUGUGAGUACAUCAUAGCUUGUGCCAACAUGGCCUUCCACUUCACAGUGGUCAUGGACUUCCCUACAGAGAACCUUGUUGUUAUCCAAGGUUCAUCUUCCGUGCCGCUUCCACUUAAUUCUGUGGAUUCAGAACAAAAAGUGAAAUAGUAACUCAGGUAUUUUUGCCAUGUCAAGUACUAAAGUGUGACACUGCCGUUACUUGCUUUUCUUGGAAUGGGAUAGCCAGUAGUGGCACAGGUUGUUUUUUAUGUACAACAUUUGCAUCUGAAUUUAAGAAUUAGUAAGCAGUGGUUACAGUAGUCAACGAAAAGAAGUACUUGUCAGCUGCAUUCUCAUUAUAAACUUAGCACUAGUUUUAGUUGUGUUUGCAUAACAUUGGUGCUUACUAUCUUCUUAAAGUCAAACUGAGGUGGCUAGUUGUACUUGAAUCUAGAUUGCCUCAUGAAACUCUUGUGUGCCUUUUCUUCUUUUUGAUUUGGCCUAGAGAAUAACACACAUCUGGAAAC